AUGGAUCUGGCAAUGGUUAUUACCAUUCCUGGAAGGGGGAAUCGACAGGAAGUGAAGCUGCCAGUGCCAAACUUUUUGGCAGCUAGAACCUGGAGGCAGAAAUUGGCAGUUCACCCAAAGAUGCUCAAAUUUUCAGGAGUGAGUAAAACCAAAAAAUUGCAAAAUCGUCAAAAUGUCGCUGCUGUCUGUGUUUGCUUUGGGGCUUUGGCGGUGUCCGGCACGGACAGGGAAUGCUGGUUUGGCAACGUGGUCUUGGACUGCGACAACAACGGCGGGGAGGACGUCAGGCUGGCUGAGGCAUUUGGCCAGGCGAUUGCCUUCAUUGGGGAGACGCUGCUGAUGGACUGUGUCCAUCAGGCGGGGCUGCAGGUCUUGUUGGUGACUCUUCAAGAUGGUGAAGCUAGUUCCUGUGCAGAAGUUGGAGGCAGGCUUGCCUGUGAAGACAUCUGUGAAGUCAGAAGACCAGCUCUCCACAAGUUUCAAGUGGACUUUGUUGGGGACUCCUUGGACUUGGACUGCAUCAGGUAUAAGGGUCUGAAGGAGGUCAGGUUAUUCAACAGGACCUUCUGUUCAGGGAAAGUUCUAGGCAUGGAAGAAAUUGUGAGACCCUGGAGUCACUGUUUCUUCAAACACACAAAGAAACAAAAAACAAUCAAGGAAGAGUCCAGGACUUCAAGACCUAUCCAAAGGACUUCACCAUACAAAACAUCAUCAACAACACCACUGACCUCAUCAAUUGUGCCAAUCAAGCAGAAGAUCAGCACCACAAGUCAACCUACAACAGUACCUUGGGAGGAAGAAACUGCUACCAUCCAGGAUCAAGACAACAGUGUUUUUAAUAAGAAUGAUGUUGUGACUGUUGUGCCUGAGACCCAGUUAGAACAUGUUCCUGCAGAGGAGAUGGUGCCUAGGGAAUCAGAGGCAGAAAAUCAAAUGGAAGAGGCGCCUCAGUCAGUUCUGAAUCCUUUGUUUGAGGAAUUGGAGAUGGCUGAGGCUCCUUCUCUUGCCACAGUGAGGCCUUUGAUGUCCUCUUUCAGUCCGAUCCAAAGCCCUGUCCGGGGAAGAGUUGCUUGCCAGGUGGACUUGGCCUCUCCUUCGUGCUUGGGUGUUGGCAAAGAUUCGUUCUAG